GGAAAAUGGGCGAAAGCGCUCUGUUUAUUUCCUUUUCCGGUGAAUUAUUCCGGCGGUCUGAGAAGGCGGAGCUCAUAGCUGCGGCUGUGUUACUCAAAUCAAGAAUCACAUUUGCGGGAGAAAGAGUUUAUGCUUGCGAUGUUUUGGAAGUGCAGCUGCAGAUUUUAGGGGGAGUGAAGCAACAGAAUGGCAUCUGAAGAAGGAGACACCGGUACCGGUUUGGAUAGUGCAGACUUAGCUCACACUACUCAAAUUGCAAAGAAGGCUAAAAAUGUUGAUGCUGCUGAUGUGACGCGAGUGGAUAUUGGGUAUGGCUCAUUGGCAUCAUCUUCAGAAGACCCCAUCGAAGAGCUUGGGAUCCAGGCUUCGGAAACAGAAGAAGAAAGGGUUGGAGAGUAUGACGCCAAUAUUAAUAAUGACUAUGAUAUCAAUUCAGAAAGAGCAAGUGAUGAUGUGAUGGCGAGCUUGCUGGUGGAUGAGGAAUCACAGGCUAGAAGGCAAAAUCUGAUACUUAAAAAGCUUCUUCGAGCUCCCAGGUAUUUCGACUGCCCAGAAUCUGCUAGGCUAGCCAACGAACUCAGUGAAGAUGAUGACGAAGGCACAGCUAACAAAGGGCAGAAAUCAUGCUAUAUUUGUGGUGACAUCGACCAUCCAGGAAAUAAUUGCAAAAAGGCCAAUGCGUGCAUCGUUUGCUCUGGAAAGGGCCAUCUGAUGAAGGAUUGCCCAAAUAAAAACAGUGAACUGGAUAGCACUCCAACUCCAUGUUUAAGAUGUGGAAAUACAGGCCACGACAUGUUUUCGUGUACCCAAAACUAUGACCCUGAAGAUCUCAAGGCUAUCGAGUGUUAUAUUUGCAAGCAGCCUGGUCAUCUCUGCUGUCUUGAUAACAAAGAGGAGGAGGGGUCAAAUAAAGCAUCGUGCUACCGUUGUGGGCAGCCUGGCCAUUUUGGUCUGGAAUGCUCAAAAUCGAAUAUACCUACCUUUGAUUUCCAGCUAUUUUGCCGCAAAUGCAAAGAGAGGGGUCAUUCCUCAACACAGUGCCCCCCAAAACAGCGCCUCCGGAGAAAGGCAAGGUCCGCAAAGAAAAUUGAAAGGACGAGGUUAUUUUUUGCUCGCAAAAACAGAAGAAAAAAACCCGAGCAAGCACUAGCACCAUUGCCGACAGGUGCAGCCUCGUAUUCUGGCAGUACAGCACACGUCCAGCCAUAACAACGUAGCAAUCCAAGUCACCGGGCUGAACAUGUUAGAUUCCCAGCAGGUACGAGCGCAUGUUGCCCAUACACUAGAUUUCACAACACUUGGAAGCCUAACUUCAGAAACUCUUGUAUCAACCCCGGCAUCCAACUUUUGACUUGGACCACAUACUAAUAGUCAGAUUCGAAACCCCCCUUCCUUGGGUAGAAUGUCGAGCUCAUCGGUGUUGUUGGCCUUGUCUCAUUUCAAACAUCUGCCAAUGCGACCGACCGCUGGAGAACUGAAUUUGUUGUUCAAAUAUUUUCCCUUUUUUCCCUUGGGUAGAUUUCGAGUUCUUGUUGUUGUACGGAAAAUAGAACUUUUAAACACAUCUCUUAACAGAGAGAGAAGAGACUACAUGUACCAUUUUUCAGCAAAGAAACUAUCAUUGUAUGCUUUUCACAUUGAUGUAUAACAGAAUUACAGAGUUUUACAA